AUCUCUGGUCUCUCAAAAACGAAAAACCCUCACAAAAACUAAAAAUAAAAAAAUAAUAAAAAGACAGUUCUCGCCAAAUCAGAGGGUCCGGAGCCUAAGCCCGGGCCCCUCCGCCGCCGGCGCCUCCUCCGAUCUUAGGGUUCCGACUGCUUCUCUCUCUCCUCUCUCUAUCUCUUUCUUUCUAUCUGUAUAUCUAUCUAUCCGGAUCGCGUAAUUUGGCCGGAAUUUUAUUUGUCGGAGAAAUUUGUGGAGUUCGUGAUCUGACAACCGUUUGAUUCUUUUGGUUCCGGUUGGGAUGGGUUCGAAGCCGUGGCUGUACCCGGCGCCGACCUAUCGUCCAUUGGAGACCUACUGGGACACCGACGAGGACGCUCCUGGUCCUCGCUGCGGCCACACUCUCACCGCCGUCGCCGCCACCAAGACUCACGGCCCCCGAUUGAUCCUAUUCGGCGGUGCCACCGCCAUCGAAGGCGGCGCCGCCUCCUCCGCCCCUGGCAUCAGGUUAGCCGGUGUGACGAAUUCCGUUCACUCAUACGAUGUUCUCACCAGGAAAUGGACCAGAAUCAGGCCGGCCGGUGAGCCGCCGUCUCCAAGGGCAGCGCAUGCCGCUGCUACGGUCGGCACAAUGGUUGUCUUUCAGGGUGGCAUAGGUCCUGCUGGGCAUUCUACGGAUGAUCUUUACGUGCUUGACUUGACAAACGAUAAAUUUAAGUGGCAUAGAGUGGUGGUGCAAGGACAAGGACCUGGGCCUCGCUAUGGCCAUGUAAUGGAUUUGGUUGCUCAAAGAUACCUUGUUACUGUCAGUGGCAAUGACGGAAAAAGAGUUCUAUCUGAUGCUUGGGUUCUGGAUACUGCCCAGAAACCUUAUGUAUGGCAGCGGUUGAAUCCUGAAGGUGAUAGGCCGUCAGCUAGAAUGUAUGCUACAGCUAGUGCUCGAUCAGAUGGUAUGUUUUUGCUUUGUGGUGGAAGAGAUGCUUCUGGCACGCCACUGGCAGAUGCUUAUGGGCUUCUCAUGCACAGGAAUGGUCAAUGGGAAUGGACCCUUGCACCUGGAGUGUCUCCUUCACCAAGAUACCAACAUGCUGCAGUUUUUGUUGGUGCAAGAUUACAUGUUACUGGAGGUGCUCUAAGGGGAGGGCGCGGGGUAGAAGGUGAAGCAGCUAUUGCAGUAUUGGACACUGCUGCUGGAGUUUGGUUAGAUAGGAAUGGACUCGUGACUUCGUCACGCACUGGCAAGGGACAUUCUGAUUAUGAUCCUGCCUUGGAGCUUAUGCGUCGUUGUCGGCAUGCGGCUGCAUCUAUUGGUGUUCGUAUUUAUAUAUAUGGAGGUCUAAGAGGAGAUGUGCUACUAGAUGAUUUUCUGGUUGCCGAAAAUUCAUCAUAUCCGUCUGAAAUAAAUUCUCCCAUUUUGACAUCUGAGAGAUCAUCACCUAUAUCAAGUCCCAAUAUACAUCACUCUAAUCUCUCUUUUUCAACAACGCCAACUCUGGACAGUGGGUCUGAGACUCCCUCAUCGGGUGGCAUGAGCAUGGAUAAAAAUUCCUUGGAGAAAUUGAGAGAGGCUUCUGCUGCUGAAGCAGAGGCAGCUACUGCUGUGUGGCAAGCGUUGCAGGCUUCAUCUGUGGCUCCAGAAGAAACAUCUGUAUCUGAUGACAACUCGCAAGCUGCAGAAACAAUAUCAGAUGGUAGCGACAAUGAAGCAGAUGUUCGGCUUCAUCCCAGAGCUGUUGUAGUUGCUAAGGAGGCUGUAGGUAACCUGGGUGGGAUGGUGAGACAAUUAUCUUUAGACCAAUUUGAAAAUGAGAGCAGGAGAAUGAUUCCAUCAAAUAAUGACGUGUCCUAUCCUACGAAAAAGUUCACCAGGCAGAGGUCUCCUCAGGGCUUACAUAAGAAGAUUAUUUCCACUUUGCUAAGGCCCCGGAACUGGAAAGCUCCUGCUAACAGGAAGUUUUUCUUGGAUUCUUAUGAAGUGGGCGAGCUUUGUUAUGCUGCCGAACAAAUCUUUAUGCAUGAGCCUACAGUUCUUCAGCUGAAAGCUCCUAUUAAAGUAUUUGGUGAUCUUCAUGGCCAGUUUGGUGAUUUGAUGCGGCUGUUCGAUGAAUAUGGAUUUCCAUCCACAGCUGGAGACAUAACGUAUAUUGACUACUUGUUUUUGGGAGAUUAUGUUGAUCGAGGACAGCACAGCUUGGAAACCAUAACAUUGCUCCUCGCACUGAAGAUCGAGUAUCCUGAAAAUGUUCACUUAAUACGUGGAAACCAUGAGGCUGCUGACAUAAAUGCACUUUUUGGUUUUCGUCUUGAAUGCAUUGAGAGAAUGGGAGAGAACGAUGGAAUUUGGGCAUGGACAAGAUUCAAUCAACUUUUCAACUACCUUCCACUUGCUGCACUCAUUGAAAAGAAAAUUAUCUGUAUGCACGGUGGCAUAGGGAGAUCCAUACAUUCUGUAGAACAAAUAGAGAAGCUCGAGAGACCUAUAACAAUGGACGCUGGAUCUAUAAUUCUAAUGGACCUUUUAUGGUCUGAUCCUACAGAGAACGAUAGUGUAGAGGGCUUGAGACCAAAUGCUAGAGGACCCGGUCUUGUUACAUUUGGGCCGGAUCGUGUCACAGAAUUCUGUAAGAAAAACAAAUUACAGCUAAUUAUAAGGGCCCAUGAAUGUGUCAUGGAUGGGUUCGAACGAUUUGCCCAGGGACAGUUGAUCACUCUUUUCUCAGCAACAAACUAUUGCGGGACGGCAAACAACGCUGGUGCCAUCCUAGUAGUUGGCAGGGGAUUGGUUGUGGUUCCAAAAUUAAUUCACCCCUUGCCGCCGCCUCUGCAAUCACCAGAGACAUCUCCUGAACGUGUUAUAGAGGACACAUGGAUGCAGGAGCUUAACAUUCAAAGACCACCAACUCCUACUCGUGGUCGUCCACAGCCUGACCAUGACCGGAGCUCUCUUGCUUAUAUAUGAUAUGUUUCUUCCCCAAGCGACAGAUUUUUGCAUCUUUGUAAAUUGCCUUUCCGUGGCCUGCACUUCUCUGGAGAUUUAACUCUUUCUUGAUUCAGCCUCGAGCGGAAUAUGCGUGUUAGUUCUUGUGUUGUGUAUUCAUUCUACAGAAGAUGAAUGUAACUUAGGUUGGAAAUACUAGAAAGAAAUAGCUGUUAGCGGAAUCAUUACUCUUCAAAAUUGAGUUUGUAAUACAUGUACAUUAUUUUAGUCGACCAUAGAGAUGUAUUUUCUGCCUUUCAUCAUAGGGGUAACUAAUUACAGGGAGAGAAAUUGGUUGUUUAGUUUUGUGUAUUAUAAAAUAAAUAAUUAUGUACACGAUUUGUUUCUUUUAAAAAUAAUCUAUUUUCUAUUGGUGAGGCAUAUUCGCUGCAUAUGGUUUGUCUUGU